AUGGUUAAGCGAAACGCAGGAUUGUGUCUGCGCUCGCUGAAGAUGUGCAUCGGCGCGGGUCCGAUAUUCUUCAAGACCCGAUUUUUGACCGCGCGGGGGAACUACGUCAAUGCGAAGGGCAGCGUGAAGGGAUGCAAGUACAGCAAGAAGGCCUCGUCACCCACGUGGUUGCUGCUGGAGACGUACUUGGUGGAGCGGUUGGCAGAGGCUGAGUCGCGACGGUAUGCGGUAGCGCGCGCGAGUGUUCGCUGA